UUCAGCCUUGGCUUCAAAUUUUGUUCAACAUAUACAAUGAAAAUAUUUAUAUUUCUACGUUAAUUGGAAUGAAAUUCACUUUAACAAUUAAGACUUUUAUAGUCUUAAGUCCAAGAAUUUUUUUUUUUUGGGGGGGGGGUUAAAAGUUUAAAAAAAUAUGAAAAAAAAAUCUCCCCUGCUACUGCCAUUUUUUUCCCUGCCAGAGGAAAAUAAAAUGAAAUCAGAACAUAUUUUGGGGGGGAAGAUAAAUCAAAAAAUAAUAAUGCAACUUUUUUUCCUCUCGUGAAAAUAUUAUCCUCCCUUUUUUUAAUCCCUGGAACAAAGUCAUAAUUUAGAAAUGUCAACAUUUUUUUUCUUUGAAAUGUGAAAGCAUAAAUGAAAAGGAAUGUUAUUGAACAAAAUUAUUUUAAUAGGAGGGUCAAUAGCAACCACAUGUAAAAAAAAAAAAAAAAAAAAUCAUAUAGGGUUGGAAAUUGUAUGUUCCUUCUCUCGUAAACAAAAUUAUUACAGCUAGACAUUAAAAAAAGACAUUUUCGAUGCAAUUUACAGUCCUGUUGUGGAAUUAAUUAAUAAAUACUGGAAUAUGCUUUGUCGAGUCAUUUUACGCACGUUCCGACAAACUGAAUGUGAUGAGUUGUUUCCACACCUCAGCCUGAAUCAAUUUGAAUUAUUAGCAUUUUUUUUUAAAUAAAUAUAUGGCUUUGAAAAUAGCUUUUCCAUUUGAAAAUGUAAUUUUUUAUUAAAAACAUUUUUAUCAAAGUUCAAGUUGAAUCUUGUAAAUUCAUACAUAUAUGCUAAAAUAGAGGUUUGCCAUCAUUUUGACUUUUUCAACAGAAAAAAACUCAAUGACCGCGUUUUAUCAUUAAUUUUUUCAAUUUUUUUGAGGGUAAAAAUAAAGAAAUAAAUUAUUCACUUUUUCAAAAUUUAUUCAUGGAGAAUUUCUCUUUAAAACAUAAUUUGAUGGGGGGAAAAAAUACACCAAUAUUAAGCUUGGGAAUAGUAGUUUUCUAAUGUGAAGGAAACUUAAAAAGAAUUUCCGGUAAAGCGGAGGUCACGUGUCCUGGGCAGUCAGGCGGCUUGACCUUGAAAGCGUCGCCCAAGCGAAUCGGAGGCUGCGAUUGGCUCGCUGGCCUCCUCGCUGCGCAGCGCCCCCCGCUGGCGGAAGAUGGCAGCUUCCUCUUCACUGCCAAAAGAAAGAUGAGCGAGCGCCAUGUCUGAUCCUCCUCCGGCGGACUAGCGCCGAGAGAGGGGCGGGUCGGGGGGGGGAGAGCCGCUCGACGACCACCGCCGCCGCCGCCGCCGCCGGGAGGGGGGCGGAGGGUCGCUCCCCCUUCCGUCGGGAUUCGCCGCUGCCGCCGAGAGGCACGUCCAUGGCCGACUGCAGCGCGGGCAUCGAGCAGGGCUCGCCGGCCGUCGGCGCCGCGGGCUCGGCCCCGGCCGCUCCGGGCCCCGGCGGCGCCGACGAGGGCUCCGGCGCCGCCGGAGGCUCCGCGCGGAUCGGCGUGAAGAAGGCGCAGCUCCGCGCGUCGCCUCGGCCCAAGAAGCUGGAGAAGCUCGGCGUCUAUUCGUCCUGCAAGGCGGAGGGCGCGUGCAAGUGCAACGGCUGGAAGAGUCCCAACCCGCCGCCGACGCCGCCGCGCAGCGAGCAGCAGCAGCCCGCCGCCGCCGUCGCCAGCCUGCACGAGCCCUGCCGCGGCUGCUCGCACACGCUCGGGGAUCACGUGAGCCACCUGGAGCUGGUUCCCGAGGACGAGAUCGACCGGCUGCUGGGCGUGGCGCUGGACGUGGAGUACUUGUACACGUGCGUCCACAAGGAGGAGGACGCCGACACCAAGCAGGUCUACUUCUCCCUCUUCAAACUGCUGAGGAAGUCGGUCCUGCAGAUGGGGAAGCCCACGCUGGAGGCGCGGGAGAGGCCGCCCUUCCAGAGGCCCAGCAUCGAGCAGGGCGUCAACAACUUCGUGCAGUACAAAUUCAGCCACCUGCCGUCCAAGGAGCACCAGACCAUCGUGGAGCUGGCCAAGAUGUUCCUCAAGCAGAUCAACUCCUGGCAGCUGGAGACGCCGUCGCAGAGGCGCCAGAGACUCCCCGGCGACGACACGGCCGGAUACAAGGCCGACUACACCAGGUGGCUGUGCUUCUGCAACGUGCCGCAGUUCUGCGACAGCCUGCCGCGGUACGACACCGCGCAGAUCUUCGGCCGGGCGCUGCUGCGCGCCGUCUUCACCGUCAUGCGCAAGCAGCUGCUGGAGCAGGCCCGGCAGGAGAAGGACAAGCUGGCCCCCGAGAAGCGAACGCUCAUCCUCACGCACUUCCCCAAGUCAGACGGAAAAGAAAACGCCGCCCGCCGAACGGCGGGGCCGAACGUUCAGCCGGUUCCGCUUCUGGUUUUCAGGUUCUUGUCCAUGCUGGAGGAGGAGGUCUACAGCCACAGCUCCCCCAUCUGGGGCCAAGAAUUCUCGGCGGGGGCCCCCGGCGGUCAAAUUCCCGUCCACGCAGUGGUCAGUGCGCCCCCAGUGGCCAGGCCCUUGUACUACAGCGUCAGCCCGGCGUCGUCCGUCGACCCGUCCGGCGGCGCCGCCAGUCCCGCCGGGAAAACAUCCACGGCGCCGGAGCCGGCCGCCGCCGUGGGCGAGAAGCGCAAGCCGGCUGAGCCGCCGCCCCAAGAGGAGAACAAGCGGGCGAGAGUCCUGGGCGACAUCCCCUUGGAGCUCAUCAACGAGGUGAUGGCCACCAUCGCCGACCCCGCCGUCCCGGAGACGGGCCUGCUGUCGGCCCACUCGGCCCGGGACGAGGCGGCCCGCCUGGAGGAGCGGCGAGGCGUCAUCGAGUUCCACGUCGUCGGCAACUCGCUCAACCAGAAACCCAACAAGCGGAUCCUCAUGUGGCUGGUGGGCCUCCAGAACGUCUUCUCGCACCAGCUGCCCCGCAUGCCCAAGGAGUACAUCACGCGCCUCGUUUUCGACCCGAAGCACAAGACCCUGUCGCUGAUCAAGGACGGUCGCGUCAUCGGAGGAAUCUGCUUCCGGAUGUUUCCCUCGCAGGGCUUCACCGAAAUCGUCUUCUGCGCCGUCACGUCCAACGAGCAGGUCAAGGGUUACGGCACCCACCUGAUGAACCACCUGAAGGAGUACCACAUCAAGCACCACAUCCUCAACUUCCUCACCUACGCCGACGAGUACGCCAUCGGGUACUUCAAGAAACAGGGUUUCUCCAAGGACAUCAAGGUACCCAGGUCCAAGUACUUGGGCUACAUCAAGGACUACGAGGGCGCCACGCUCAUGGGUUGCGAGCUCAACCCCAGCAUUCCCUACACCGAGUUCUCCGUCAUCAUCAAGAAGCAAAAAGAGAUCAUCAAGAAGCUGAUCGAGAGGAAGCAGGUCCAGAUCCGCAAGGUCUACCCGGGCCUGUCGUGCUUCAAGGACGGCGUGCGGCAGAUCCCCAUCGAGAGCAUCCCGGGCAUACGUGAGAGCGGCUGGAAGGCGGCGGGCAAAGGGAAGGAAGCCAAGGACCCCGAGCAGCUGUACGGCGCGCUCAAGAACAUCCUGACGCACGUCAAGAGUCACCAAAACGCGUGGCCCUUCAUGGAGCCGGUGAAGAAAACCGAGGCGCCGGGGUACUACCAGGUCAUCCGCUUCCCCAUGGACCUGAAGACGAUGAGCGAGCGCCUGAAGAGCCGCUACUACGCCACGCGCAAGCUCUUCAUGGCCGACAUGCAGCGCGUCUUCACCAACUGCCGCGAGUACAACGCCCCCGAGAGCGAGUACUACAAGUGCGCCAACCUCCUGGAGAAGUUCUUCUACAGCAAGAUCAAAGAGGCCGGGCUCAUGGAAAAGUAGAGCGCCGGCGCCGCUAAAAAAAAAAAAAAAAAAAAAAAAAAAAGGCGUCCCCCCCCCCCCCGUACAAAAAAAUGUACAUAAAAUGGAUUUUGUUUGAUGCAGGGCAGCCGCGUGACUAUCAAAAACUGCACUUUUGAGUCUGUGGGCGUUUCCUUUCUUGACAAUUUAACCGAUUUUAAAUUAAGUCUUAAUUUAUUCUCCGAUCUAUUUUUGCUGCAGAUAGAGAUUGACGACUUUAUACUUUGUGCAAUACCACGUAGGAAUUUUUUUUUUUUUCUUCUUCCAGUUUUGUAUAAAGGAAAAAAAAAAAAAAAAAGAUGAUUUUUGUAAGAGGCUCUCUUUGUACAGUUGGUUUUAACAACGCAGUAUUAGUCGCUUUUACAGAUGGAAUAAAAA